AGUGAGGCUGUAGACAUAUUUAGAAUGAUAGAAGUUCCAAUAUAUGGUAAAUAAUAAAAAGAAUUAUUUGUAAAAGUUGGGAGGCUGGCCAGGGAUUUAGCUCAGUGGCAUAAGCAUCUACCUGGCAAGCUCGAGGUCUUGAGUUUGAUCCCCAGCGCAAAAAAUAAAAAAGAUUGGUAGGCAGAGGAAAGGACAUAGAAUAUGUGAUAAAUUCCACCCAUGUUGUGGGGUAGACAGUAAUGACAAAUGGCCACAGAGUUUUUGUUUGGCUUGGUGUUUCUGAUAGGAGUCCUGAUAUAUAGUCCAGGCUGCACUUGAACUCCCUGGGUAGCUCAGGCUGACCUUCAACUCAUGACCCUCCUGUCUCAGCCUCCCGAGUGCUGGAAAUAUGGGCAUACACCACUGUGCACAGCUUAGUCCCAGCACUUUAAAAAAUGCAUUAUACCAGGCAAGUCCCCUGCCUGGACCUACAGUCCCAGUGAUCAGGGAAGCUGAGGCAGGAGAAUUGGUUGAGCCCAAGAAUACAAAACCCAGGGCUGAGGAUUUAACUCUUCAGCAUAAGUGCCUACUUGGUAAGCACAAGGUUGUGAGUUCAAUCACCGGGUGUAGCCUGGACGAUAUAACAAGAUCUUAUCUUUAAAUAGAUGAAUAAAUGUAAAAGAAAUAGAUCCAGAAAAGAUAAAAAAUGGGGGGUGGGGUUAACCUUAAUUAAGGAGCAGGACUAAAAUGGAGGAAGGAAGGUGGAUUCCCAUCUGUCUUUGUUUUUGCUUUGGGACAGGAUCUCAUUAAGUAGUUCAGACUGGCCUUGGAUCCCUCAGCUUCCCAAGUGCUGGGAUUACAGGCACCACACCCAUUUGGUCUUUGCAGGUAUUCCUUUCUGUUAGGUCUAAAUCCCCCCCGCCCCCGUGCAUUUUAUUUUUUGGUCUUUUUGAGACAGGGUCUCCCUAUGCAGUUCAGGCUGGCCUUGAGCUCACUUUGUAGCCCAGGCUGGUUUCGAACUCUCAAUGAUUCUCCUGCCUCAGCCUCCCAAGUGCUGGGAUUACAGGCAUGAGUUACCUCGCCCGGCUCGUGCAUUUGUUAUUCUAGCCAAAAGUAAGAAAAGGCAAUUGCUGGAAAGGAUCUGCCUGGCUGCUGAGGAAAGUGGUUGAAGAGGUGAAAGGUGGAGGCUAGAAAUUCAGGUGUUGUCUGGUUGAGGCCGGUUUAUGCACCCAAGGGUUGGCACCCUCAUUGUCAGUGUGGCUAGCGCUGCAAAGGCCAUUGGGUCGCCAGGCGCGUGUUCCCUGCACACUGCAGAGCAGAGCACUGUCACCCCGGCCUGAGGAGGUGGGUGUGGGCGGCGGGAGGCCCCGCCUUUUUGCUGCGGGAAGGGGGGGGCUCAUAACCUCCUCCUUCCUGAAGUGGACCCAGUCCGAGGUCCCCUCCACCUCCAGGUCAUCAGUGUGCUUCCCCAUCUGUUCGCUAGAAUCUUCUGGAUGCUUUUGGGCCACCCAGGCGUGUACCACUGGACGGAGAUGAGAGCCAAAAUGCGUAUCAUGGGCUUCAGAGCGGAAGCCGUGAAGCCGCUCAACGAGGCGGCGGCCGCCGAGCUGGGCGCCGAGCUGCUGGGCGAAGCCAUCAUCUUCGUCACCGCCUGCAGCUGCCUGAUGCUGGAGUACUGGCGCCAGCAGUCGCACCGGCGCCGCAAGAAGCAGCAGCAGCGCCUGUCGUGGGACGCUCUGCAGGAAGAGGUGGGCCAGCUGGCGCUGGGGCUCGAGGCGCUGCAGGCGGAGGUGCGCGCGGCCGCCUCGCGGGCCUCGCUGGAGGAGCUGCGCGCGGAGCUGCGGGAGGUGCAGGUCCAGCUCUGCAACCCCGACCCAGAGCCCGCGCCCCCGGAGUAAGGCCCGCAGUCCCUGCCGCGGCCCUCGCGCCCCGCCAGAGGGCCCCUGCCUGCUCUUUUCAGGCCCGCAUUCAAGGUGGCAGUAAUGGGGUCCAAACAGGCACCUCCCUGGUCAUCUGCCCAGGGUACCUUGGCACAGUCCUCCCGGUGCCUCCUCCCACAGGUGGAACUGGGGGACCGGCACCCUCCCCCUGCCCCUGUCCCCACAGGGACCCAGAGCUUCAGCACCAGGAAGAGCAACGCCCAGUGUGGGUUCCACCUGUCCGCCAGGGGGAGGCAGAGGAUAAACCACCUCUAGUUCCAUGACUCCCACCCCCGCCUACCUGGGAUUCCUUCCUAUGGGGCGGGCGGAGACGAGGUCUCCUCUUCAUCGGUAGGGACCAACACAAGAAAGUGCAGAAAGCUCCAGAGGACUUUCUGCCCCUGUCACCUAUCACCUACCUCACUUUUCGGAGGACCUUGCACUGGGUUUGGCUGAAAGUCACCUGUGCCUGCUGUGUUUGACCCGCCACAGAGGCCGCCAUCCUCUGCUCCAAACCGGAGCACCGAGCCGCACCCGUUAGUCUCAGGCCGCCCCUGGCCGGCCCACCUGACCCACUGCCCUCCAGCAGAACUGCCCCGGGGGAGGAGAAACUGGUCCUGCCUGGUACUAACACAGGGCCCCACCCCUCCCCAGUAGCCUAAGGACCCACCUGUCCCUCGAGUAGAGGCCACUGUCCUAUUCCCCAUCUACAGUACUCAAGGAUUGCCCUCCCUCCUGCCUUAUCGGGAGCACACCAAACCCCCAGACCAAACCACUCCUGCUCUCGGCCUCCGCACACCUUUCUCUUUUUGUAAACUGUUAAAUGUUUAUGUAAUUAAAGGUAUUCUUAGGUAAAGAA